AUGUCUUCAAACACAAAAAAAGCUGAAGAAUUGAUCGCCGAAGCCGAAAAGAAAGUGACUUCAAGAGGAUUAUUCAGUUACCUUUUCGGUAGUUCUAAAAAGAAAGAUGAAGCAUUAGAAUGUUACCGAACAGCUGCAAUUCUGUUCAAAAUGGCGAAAAACUGGAGUGCUGCUGGUAAAGCUUUUGUCGAAGUAGCGAAGUUAUCUGCUAAAAACGGAGACCGAUACGAUGCCGCUAUAGGUUAUGUUGAUGCUGCGAACUGCUAUAAAAAAAAUGAUGUUCUAGACGCUAUUAAUUGUUUCAUAAAAGCUAUAGAGAUAUAUACAGAGAUGGGACGAUUUGCUAUAGCAGCCAAACACUAUCAUACAAUUGCAGAAUUGUAUGAGCGUGAGAUCGUCGAUCUUGAACUCGCCAUGCAGUAUUACGAGCAAGCUGCUGAUUACUAUAGAGGAGAAGAUAAUAAUUCUUCGGCCAAUAAAUGUCUUUUGAAAGUAGCACAAUACGCGGCACAUUUUGGAAAUUACGAAAAGGCUGUACAAGUAUACCAAGAAGUAGCUUAUUUAGCACUAGGAAAUGCUUUAUUACAAUACAGUGCAAAAGAAUCUCUGUUUAAAGCUGCGCUUUGUCAUUUGUGUAUCGAUGUAUUUAAUACACAACAAGCGCUAGAAAGUUAUGUGAAAAAAUGUCCUUCCUUCCAUGAAUCUCGAGAAUAUAAAUUUUUAACAACUCUUAUUCGUCACAUUGAAGAAGAAAAUGAAGAAGGAUUUAGCGUUUCAAUAAAAGAGUAUGAUUCCGUUUCUCGACUUGAUCAGUGGCAUAUAUCAAUUCUUCUGCGAAUUAAGAAGCAACUUUUCGACAGUCCUGAUUUACGUUAA